CAGUUCCUGCUUCUGCGCAAAUCAGGAAUUUUAAGCAACACUGCCCACCGGUGAAGUUUUGUGCGUUUUUACUACUGAACAAUCCUACAUGUGGUCGAGAAAAUGGGUACAAAAAGGAUAUAGAAGAAGCCAUCACAUACCAGAGACACAAGUCUCCACCAAGCAGAAGGAGCCAGCUCCGAAAUGGCAAGCCUGAACUGGAAGCCGUUCAUCUAUGGGGGGAUGGCCUCCAUCGUCGCGGAGUUCGGCACCUUUCCCAUUGACUUAACCAAAACCCGGCUGCAGGUGCAGGGUCAGUCACACUGUAUGGAGGUGCGUUACCGGGGGAUGUUCCAUGCGCUGCUCCGGAUCGGACAAGAGGAGGGCGUACGGGCGCUCUACUCGGGGAUUUCACCAGCCCUCCUGCGGCAGGCGUCCUACGGGACAAUUAAGAUUGGCACCUACAACACGUUGAAAAAGUUGUUUGUCAGCCGUCCUGAAGAUGAGACCAUGGUCAUCAACGUGUUCUGUGGAGUGGUGUCAGGAGUCUUGUCGUCUUCGUUAGCCAACCCCACAGAUGUGCUGAAGAUUCGCAUGCAAGCGCAGGGCAGCCUGCUCCAGGGCAGCAUGAUGCACAAUUUCAUGAACAUCUACCAGACAGAGGGCACCCGCGGCUUGUGGAGGGGCGUGAUACCCACAGCACAGCGAGCGGCCAUUGUUGUUGGGGUGGAGUUACCAGUAUACGACAUCACUAAGAAGCACCUUAUUGCUUCAGGAACGAUGGGCGACACUAUCCUCACACAUUUUGUCUCCAGUUUCACCUGUGGCCUGGCGGGGGCGCUGGCGUCCAAUCCGGUGGACGUGGUUCGGACGCGGAUGAUGAACCAGCGGGUGUUGGCGGGCAGUCCACUCUACAAAGGCACGCUGGACGGCCUGAUGCAGACCUGGCGGGGCGAGGGCUUCUUUGCCCUCUACAAGGGCUUCUGGCCCAACUGGCUCCGUCUGGGACCCUGGAACAUCAUCUUUUUCAUGACGUUCGAGCAGCUGAAGAAGCUUCCCUUAUAACCAGCCAGCUGAACACCCUUCGAGGGAUCGGAGCCUUCUCCCUCAAGUGUUCUUGUGCAUUCACAAUCACUCCCUGAUCACAUGUGUGUUAUGUGCGUUGCAAAUUAUUUAAAUGUUAUUUAAAUGUUUUUUUUUUUUUUAUGCAUAGCUUCCUAUUUCAUUUGUUUUUAUUUGUUUUUAUUUAUUUAUUGUCAUACCAUUUCAUGUCGCUCAUGCUCUGUUGGACAUCUUUCACUUCAAGUCCCCUCCCCGGCAGCCGAACAAUAAUGUUGGUCAUUUUGGACCAAGCUGGAAUGGUCAGCAGGUGGAAAGCUACUAAUGCAGUGAUGCCACGUUGGGGAAUUUUAUCCUUUUUUUAUUAAUUGAUCAAGCUAUUUUUUAUUUUGCCAUCAUUUCUUUGAAUGUUAGUGACUGCUCCGUUUGGGAUAUGGAGCUGUAUGACGGUAUGUGCACUGAGGUGAGUGGCAGUGAUGCUGUCGCUGAAGCGUAACACACACACACACACACACACACACACACACACCCUGUCGUGGUGUGUCAGUGGUCAGCUAGUCCUCCAUAUGGUAGUCCUGCUUUGGGUAGAUAUCUAAGGAAAGUGGAAAGAUGCACCAGUGAAAGGUGGAAGAUGCUUGCAAGUAUAAGACCGAAUAGGCAACAACUAAAUAUAAUUGUUGUUAACUGAAUGCCUCAAUAGAUAAUCCAGAGGACAUAUUAGUGUAUAAACCACCUCUUUAGAUUAAUUGGCAGUUUGUGAACAUGUGUGCAGAUGCCAUAUGCUGCCUUCGUGCCUGUUAAAAAAAAAAACAAAAAAAAAACAUCUAGGCAAUGAUCUUUAAACAGUCUUCCAU